AUGAUAAAGCGUAGAAGACAGGUGAUGUGCCCCAUGACGUUUGUUGACGAUAUUAAUGAUGAUGAACAUACAGCAAUUGUGGCUGAUGCUGAUGCUGAUGCUGCUGUCACUGGGGCUUUGUGUAGCAUACAGCCUCUGUUAGAAUCCGACUCUUAUAAAAAAGAAGCAACAAUAUCAUUCUGCAAGCAAUUUACUCUCUUAAUACGCAUUCAACUAUCGCCUUCUAAGUCAUUACUGGAUUUUAAUUGCUACGAUGAAAUCCAACACGAAACUACCACAAUGUCUAAAUCAAAUUAUCCAACAGUGGCAGUUACCGUAGAACAUAAGAAACCACCGCUUCCGCCUCCACUAACUCAGCCCACAUCAUUUGAAGUACACGAAAAUUCUAUGAAUAUAGAAGCGGUUCUAUUACAGAAUCAAGUGGACACAUUGCAGUGGCAAUUAAAACAGGUGGAAACAAGUUGUGAAAUGUAUCGUGCUGUUAUGGAGGAAGUAGUGCGAUUUCUUGAUCGUUACCAUAACCAUAAGCAAAACAAUCGCAAUAACAUGGAGCAAAUAUCUCGUUCGAAAAGCCUUUACCACGUCUAUGCCGGAGGUCAUGAGAACAACCCACAUAGCGAUGAAUCAAUGGCCACGUCGUAUUUGCGCACGCGCAGUAGCACCAAUCUUAUUGAUCUAAAGCAGUCGCCACAUUUAUUGCCACCACCAGCAUCUACCCACAAUGAUGCUGCCACAGUGGCCAAUAUUAAACACAACAAACUAAGCGAACCGACUUAUGAUGCUGUAGCACCACCGAACUCAUACAGCACAUUUAAAGAUUUUACAUGGCGCCGUUCACCGAAGCAGAAACAAAACGAUAAUCGUACCCACACACCUGCACUAGAUGAUGUGGAAGAGAAACUGAACCAAGAGGCUUUUCGUUUAUCUCGUACCAUACACAAUCUAUUGAAUACGUCCACACAACAACCUGUUUUAACACAACACCGUAACUCACUGUCCGCAUUAAAUUUAGCGCGUUUAAAUGUCAAAACACCGAAUGGUUCUACAUUGACUUUACACACGCCCACUAUUCACAAUUCUACUAGCCUCACACUAGCGCCAAACACUAAUGAUGUUGAUACUUUAGUUAACACAACAGUUUCGGCUAUUGUUGCACCACCUAAAGCAGCCACACUUGCCAAUGCCGAUAUGCUCUUCUUGCGUUCAGCAAAUAUACGAGACUCUCGACUUUCACUGCACAGCACAACAGAUAGUUCCGUGCAUUCCACAACAUCAUCAUCAUGUACUACUUCUUCUUCCUCAAAGAUUGAAACUGAUGAUGAGCCCACCUUACCUUACAUAUCCGGAGCGCUCUUGUGUAACAACAACAACAUUAACAAAAACAACAAACAAACGUUACCUCUAUGCUCUACCACGGAGGAUGAAAGUGGCUUCAGCUCAAUCAGUUCUUUUCAAGAAAUCGGCGUGCCAUUAUGUUCCACGCCAUGCAAAAAAUAUACAGGUUCACGUGGCAAGCAACAUGGUUCAACAGCAAGUGAACAAGAAUCCUUACAAGACCAAAAUGUAGAAAGCCCCAAUCACACACUUACCAGCGCUACUGCAGUACCUACACUUACAAGAAAUGCUAAACAUCCCAACAACAUUAUCGGCGUUCCUAUGAAUUCAAUAUGCGAGACAUCUAAUCGUUGGGAGUCGCCGACAAAAGCGUAUCGCAAUACAAACAAGCGAUUUUCAACUCUAUCAAAUGACGAUUCCACAAUUGUCCUUUGGGUUUAAGUUAGUUCGGUACACCAUCACCGUUCUGCAUUUGUGCUCCUAUUUUUAACUUUAUUAGUUUUAUUUAAUUUUAUACAAUUUAUAAUUUAAGUCCCAAGUGUUUUAUCUUUAGCUUUGCAGCUUUAAAUCCUUAAGGAUAUUUUAAUCGUAGUUGUUUUGUAGUGCCUUUUAAAGAAUAAAACGAAAGUGCGUUGAUGAAUAGAAAGAAAUGCAGCUUUUUGAUAACGAUCAAUAUUAAACCGCAUUUAUUUUAAUUACUCUUGGAAUUAUUUUAUUAAACUAAUCGAAAGUAUUAAAAGCAUUGUAAAACUAUAAGAACAAGAAACAUUUUACAAUAAACUGUAUUAGUUAAUAAAAAGAAUGAUGUUGAAUAUCUUAAGAA